AUAGUCUGGCCGUUUAAGAAUGUCGAGUUUCUAAAAACCCAAAACUAGCAAGGCCACGCAUUUUAAGGUAUGCACGAUUAACAUCUGUAAUUCAUACCCGUCGAUCUUACAUCUGUCCAGAUGAGUAUUAAUUCGUCAUCAACUGGCAGUUUGUCGUCACCCAGAAAUCAUCACAAUCCCUGACUUCAGUUCAGUUAACUGCAAUCCCACCACACUAUAUCAUUGGUUUUUACACUAACACAUACCCAUUGCGUUAAAUGCAGGAUAGUAAAAAUAUAGUAUGUUUACUUAAAGUGAAAUAUCGGAUUGCCUUUGCAUGAUGAUAAGUUCCGUGAUUUUCUUUGAUUGUCCAAUAUAAAUUACAGCUUCACGUAAAAAAUGACAUUCCAUUUGAUAUUCUCUUACGUGGACAUGAGUAGCACAUACUCAUUAGAAAGUACAGUAUCUCGAAAGGGAAUAUGCAAAUGUAAACCCAGAAAACUAAAAGCAGGAAUAUCCGGUUAUGCUUGCAAACAGGUGUAACCAAACUACCUGUUAAAAGUAAUUCACUCCUCGAACCCUACAAACAUAACUGUUCUCAAAGAUCUAGAUGUAAAAGUUCAUUUUAUCAAUGUAAACAUCCAAAAUCUUUCGAUCAGAUACCAUAUAAACAUUAAUAAAAUUUUAUGGUUCACAUAUAUCAAGAGAAUAAUUCAAAAAAAAAGUUUUUAAAAAUAAUCCAAAGAAUGCACAAACAUAUAGUUCAUGUAUUACCAAUUAUUACUGUUUGUGUCUUUACGGAAGUGUUACAAUUCACAGUCAGCCACGUCAUUCACAUACACUGACCCCCAUUUCCGGUAUGCGCACACUAAGAAAGCUGCUUUAUACUGACUGUUGCCAUCGGGCAUCGAUGUAAGCCCUACUGACCAUUGCAGAGGGUGGAGGGACAUUUCAGGACUUUUUAUUUCCUGCAAACCCAUGUUAUAGACAACUUUUAAAUCUUUCUAUUGCCAUUUCUAUCAUAUGUGCAUAGACUUGUGAUAAAAUCUUAGUUUCAUGAGGGAAGCUGUGGGCGGCGCGUGUAUUGGUGUUGCAGUCACGUUCCGUGGAACACGUUUCUUACGCACGAGACCUGCGUGCGACGGAAGUGGACACUAAGCUGCUGCUCAGGAAUGUCAUGCCUUCUCCAGCGCGGGUUUAGUUUUUAAUUCACGUUUGUGAUGACGUGAGUAAGGAAGGGUGAGCUGAGCUGUGUAGUUUGAUGUGAUGUGACAGGAGACUGAUGAUGUCUUCCGGUGCUGCCAGUCUUGCCCUUUGUACGACAUGCCCCAAGGGGAGAGAAGCCAGCAUGAAUAGCAAGGAUAACUCCUCUUCCCUACACCUCAUGUUUACCGGUGGCUUUUCUAGUAGACACCUAAAGCUUUUCGCUUUUCUGCUCUUAUCGAGUACUGCUCCUGUGAGAGGCAGUAGAUAUUUUGUACCAGGCUGUCCUUUUCAAGACGAGCAUCUUACGGAAUGGACUAAAUUUGGGUGCGAAUUGGACAAAAGAAGAAGUGGGCGCAUUUUGUGUACAGGACUCUUGUCACUAGAGACACUGUUUUGAAAUAAUGGCAAGAGGUAAACAAAAGAUUCGUGUUUCGUUAUUGUCAGAUUUGUUGAAGCCUUUUUAAAGAACGCCAUUUCACUAUAGAGGCAAGUACAAUUGACAUCUGUGUAAACCAGUUACCACAAACAAAGUGUGCUCCCACAGACAAACUCGGGAAGCGUUUAUGUACGUGCUUGGAAAGACAAACAUGUUGACUGGAAAUGAGGCGAUGUUCGUCCGUCUUCUCGUGUGGGCGUGUCUGACGGUCAGUUGUGACACUGGGGUGACCUUUCUGCUGGAAGCUGAGCAGUAUGUUGUGGACCGCAUGGCAUACCCCCGCACCACAGCUUCAGGUAUAUGGGCUGUACAUUUCUAUCAGAACGAGGUUUUUCCUGUCGAAUUUUGCCUGCAGUCCAGCACUGUCAUCCAGGUCAGCGGUGUUCGUUACUCCAAUGACGGUGAGGCCGAUUAUGUGGAAGUGAAGUUUGACGAUGAGAGGAUUGGGACCUUUGAGUCUCACGAUAUGGCUUCCAGCGGCGACAACUGGAACAGAUUUGAGAACUCUGGGCCUAUUGGACACCCCAUGGAAGUGCUACCCGGUAAACACAGGUUGGAGCUGAUAUUCGUGUCCACAGACCGCCACGGCAUAGAGAUCGACUACGUGGCACUAGACGUGGCAGAUGAACUUCAAGACGAACGGAUGCUGCAAUGUCGAGCGUACUGCGACAGUUCUAUCAAUUACAAACCUUCCUUGGUUUUCGACACUCUUCCUUCCGGGUGGCUGGAGCAGCGCAGCAGACACACCGAGUGCGCCGAGGAACUUAAUGUCAAGCUGGAGCUUUACCACCCUGCCCUGGCCAGCUACCAAAUCACAGCGAGGCCGCCAUCAUACAGGACACUGCUGAACAACCAGGAGCAGGACUUCCACAACUGCGGCGGCUCCGAGAAGGACGAAGCUGUGUGGUUCUUCAAUGACUUCGACGUUCUAACUGCAGGAGACGAGCUGCGUGCAGGUUCGGGGGCAACCUUAAACUUCAGCGGUGACGACGCCGCCAGCAACACCAAGCUGUUCGUCACCUUUGACACGUCGAGCGUGUCCGGCCAGGGCCCGGGAGCCGUACUGCGACUCAAGUUCCUGCGUCGUGCGGCGGAGGCGGGGGUGGUGCACGUGCGACUGCAGGCCAACAUGACAGGGCGGCUGCUGAGUGAAGACAGGACCGUCAAUCCCGCGGAUAGCAAUCGUGAGGCCCGGUGGACUCUGGAGGCGAGCCUUCUAACUGAGCAGCCGCAGGCGGAGUUGGUCCUGACGCUGGUACACAACCCGUCCUUCCCACUGCGGGCUGACUAUCUGCGACUAGUCCUGCAACCUCAGGCCGAAGUGGUGGCCACCGUGUUCAAGGACAGGUCCACCUGGGUGCAGACCGUGGCCAACCCUCGGGUGGCAUGCUGGUGCACCGGCCAGACAGCGUGGCCACCUGGCACGACGUGGGAGCAGUGCGAGUGCUGAAGAAGGUAGCCGGGGCCGAAGAUUUUGAGGAGGUCUUCCGUCUGAGUGCUGACGGCAUGCUGUUGCUGAAACAUCGUGCAGCAUAUGGCUCCGACUCCCCGCCCUUUGGAACCUCGUUCGUCAUCGGGCCAUCAGACCCACGGGAAGCUUCGGCAGCGGCUCCCGUCACCCGCAUCGACGUGGAUCCGUGGGCCCUUAAGUUCACCCUAUCCUACGCCGACGCCACGUCCGUCAGCGACCUGCUGCUGCGUUUAGGAACUUUUGGCUCGCGGGUCAUCGUGUCCUUGCGGCGUCUGGCCCCUGCCGCUCGCCGUCGCCCAGUCGCUGUCGUGACGUCGAUGUGGGUAGCUGACGGUAAGGCUGAUGUGGAUCACAUCAGCGCCAACGGCGCAGCGCCGCGAGAUGUUCUGGGUGGGUGGGGGCGCCUGUAUGGCACCAGCUUUGCCUUUUUCAGGCAGUGCGUGUCGCGCCACAACAGCCAGGCUCCCGACAUCGUCCUUGAGUUCCUGGAGGCUGACCAUGCCGCCCUUCAACAGGUGGACCUUGCCUCGCCUUCCUGAGCACACCGUGUAAGGGUCAAGUCGUCACAGUUAGCUCACGAACUUGCAUUACUGGAAUGCUGUUAGACGAUUUUAUUUCUACUUAAACGAAGCAGGUGUGUACAAAGCUUCCGGUUUAGUCACAUUUAUUGUUUAGGCUCGCCGAGACUAACAGCGGAGAACUUCGCAAGAGGCUAAGCGUUGGUCUCGGCAGACAGACAGCAAUCCACCUAUACACGUCCAUGAUUAGCUCCAUUCGAACAAAACGUCCGAUGUUCAUGAGCAGUGAAAGCCAGGUCUUGUGUGGAUGAUUCAAUGAGCCAAUGAACCUCUUUCCUUCUUCGUCUUUAUCUCACCAACACACACACACACAUAGAUUCGCGCAUUUCUAUGCUUAGAAGUUUUCUAAAUUUUUUCACAGUCAUAAGACUUUUAAUUCAUUCGUCUGAGAGACGAUGAAAAAUAAUUCCAGACAUGACAGGUUUUUUUUUCUUCUUUAACGCGAAACGUCGGCGAUUUUUUUUUCGAAGACGCCAAAGGGAAUUUGUGGAAGCAUAACUUAACAGCUAACUAAUCCUCAAAUUUCAACUUUUGAAGUGUUGAACGCCUUGUUUGUGACUUGCUGGAUUUUGAUUUAUAUACUUCUCCCAGCUCAACACUAGACAUACCGUUCGAUGAACAUUAAAACCUGUUUAUAUUAUAAAUUUGCGACAAUAAACUUCGCUAUUUAGCGAGACUGCU